GAGGAUGGCGGCGCAGUGUGCCCAGGAGAGCAUCUAUAACCUCCUGCCCCGCCUGGAGGAGAAGCCUGUCAAACCUCCCAGGUAUAUAUCCACAUUUAGACCAUCUGUGAAAUGUGAAGUAGCAAAAAAUAAAGCUCAGUGGAAAACUAUGGGACCAGCAAAAGUUGCAGUGCCAUCUCCAAAAAACUUUCUGCAGAAACAUUCAAAGGAACCCAAGCUACCAGCAAGAAAAAAAGAACAGGAUAGUAAAAAAUUGCCUGCAUUAUCAGUGCCACGGAGGACAGAUCACCCAGUUGUGGGAAUUCAGAGUAAAAAGAAUUUCAUAAAUACAAAUGCAGUUGCUGCUAUCACAGGAUUGCCUAAAAAGCCUCAACCUAUUUAUGUUGAUAGAAGACAGGGAGAUAAAUAUCUGCUUGAAACUUCAGGACUUGUUCCAAAAUAUAUUAAAAAAAAGGAUUAUGGUGUUACACCGAAAUAUGUAACACGGAGAAUUGAAGAAAUGAAGAGAGCUCAGGAAGAAUAUGAGGCUGGUAUCUUGGAGCAUCUCAAGAAAAGAGCCAUGAAACAGCUAUCUGAUGAGGAAAGGAGAAGUCUUCUCCAGGGGCUGAAAAAGAACUGGGAGGAAGUGUAUCGUGAAUUUCAGGGUCUUUCAGUAGAAAUAGACACCAUACCCAAGAAGAUAUAUAAAGAAAAGCUGGAAUCACAGAUGAAACAACUGGAGCAUGACAUAGAAGUAAUUGAGAAGCACAAAGUUAUCUACAUUGCAAAUGAGUAAGGACUGUUUUUCAGAUAUUGCCUCUCUCCUCUUUUUCUUUUUCUCUAUCCCUACAUCUCCAAGACCCGCCCGCCUAAAUUGUCAGAAGAAAUUGACACCGCCAACUAUUCAGAAGGAAAUAUUUAACUAAUAUAAGUAUGUAGCUUCCUAGAAAAG